AUGCAUGAGGUGAGAGAACACAUCAGGAGAAAUCACAGCUUUGUUUCCACAGCUCAGCAGCCCUUGGGCACCUUAACUUCCACUAAAAUGAACCUACGUUUGUGUCCAUUGCCAACACAAGGACAUGCCUCAUGUCUUCCAUUGCCCGUGUUGUUGUUUGCCACAGACAUCCCCAGCACAGCUAUCAUCAGAGUACUGGCUGAAGAAGAGGCUGAAAACAGGCUGGAAAAAGUUGAAGGUCACGCCUACCUGCUGGAUACUUCAAGACCGCAAUCCCCUCCCCACCCACAGCACCCCUGCGCUCAGGGAAGUAAGGGUAAAGCAGAGCGCUGUACGCGUGCCUCCGCAGGCGGUGGGCGCAGAUUCUGUCAUUCCUGUAUUUCUGCAAGUUUAAAGAAUAAUGCGUGGACGUGCCCUUACUGCCGCGCUUAUCUUCCUUCUGAAGGAAUUCCAGCCACUGAUAUUGCCAAGAAGAUGGAGAGCACAUACCAAAAUUGCACAGAAUGCGAAACACAGGUAUGUCUGAGUGAAAUGAGAGCUCAUUUAAGAACUUGUGAAAAAUAUAUAGAAAAAUAUGGACCUGUACAGGAGCUUGGAGAUGCUGUAACAAGAUACUCCUGUCCUUAUUGCCAGUGCGAAGUGGAUGAGGAUGAGCUAAUGGACCACUGUCUCACUUACCACAGAUUGGAAAGGAGAGCAGUGUGUUGUCCAAUUUGUUGUUUAACACCUGGGAGAGAUCCAAGCUAUUUCAGCAGAAAUUUUAUAAGCCAUCUUCAACUCAGACAUACACCCCAUUAUGAAGACUACAUAGACAUAAACACUGUUGGAGAAGUUCUUGUCGAAAGAGUUCUAGAUGGGUCAUUCUUAGAAUAUGUGCAUGUGAAUCAUCCAAACAGCACGUAA